UUUCCGCGUAAAGCUGCGUGAAUGUAUAGUUAACCCGCGAUAAAAUGAAAUCACUCGUGUAUUUUAAAUUAGCUGGGAAGCGUACAAAUCUGAUUUGUCUGCUAACACUAGUGUAGCUACUACUAGCUAGCCAUACGAGCUAGCGGACGGUAACGAGUUGUAUUAACGUGACGUUGUUAGUUAGAGAAAUCACCCACCAGACGACGGUCGUACAUUCCCAGUGCAUAUACCGCCCAGCCGCCCGUCAUCUUCACCCCAGAAGAGGCCGCCACACCAACAGCCAUGUCUUACGGUAAAGUGGAAAACUAUCGGAGCCUGCCACGGGACUUCAACACCCAGAUCCAGACAUGUAGCUCCAACAUCCAGAAGAUCACACAGAACACUGCUCAGAUAAAGAGCAUGGUGAAUCAGCUGGGUACGAAGCAAGACACCAGCGAACUGCAGGACCGUUUACAGCAGGUACAGCACUACACAAACCAGCUGGCCAAGGAGACCAACAAGCAUCUGAAAGACCUGGGCUCUGCUUCGCUAUCUUCGGCGCCUUCAGAGCAGAGGCAACAGAAGAUCCAGAAGGACCGGCUGAUGAAUGAUUUCUCUGCGGCCCUCAACAACUUCCAGGCCGUCCAGCGCCGGGCUGCGGAGAAGGAGAAGGAAUCUGUGGCCAGAGCGAGAGCCGGCUCACGUCUCUCCGCUGAAGAUGCCGCCUCAGAGGAACAGCUUGUUUCUUUUGAUAAUCAAGACGACUGGGGUCAGACGACCACGCAGACGGAGGAGGUGGCCAUUACAGAAGAGGACCUGGAACUCAUCAAGGAAAGGGAGACCAACAUCCGACAGCUGGAGUCUGACAUCUUAGAUGUGAACCAGAUCUUCAAGGACCUAGCGGUGAUGAUUCAUGAUCAGGGAGAGCUGAUUGAUAGCAUUGAGGCCAACGUGGAGAGUGCGGAAGUCCAUGUGGAUCGAGGGACAGAACAGCUCCAGAGAGCCGCCUACUACCAGAAAAGGUCCCGUAAGAAGAUGUGCAUCCUGGCCAUGGUCCUGUCUUUAGUCUUGACCAUCCUGGGCAUCAUCAUCUGGCUGGCGAGCAAAUGAGCGGACACCACCAUCUCCUCUACUUUCACCUCUUUAUUUAUUUCAUUUUCCCUCCCGACCGUAAAGACGAGCCCAGGCCCGGGUGAUCUGGGGACCGGUUUCUGAAGAGUGCUUGGCUAGUAUUGCAGAUGUCAGGGUUGGGGAAGUGGCGUCAGCACAAAGAGAUUGGCCUAGAUGUAACUUUUAACCUGUCAACUGACAUUUCCCUCUUGCUCUUAAGGCCUCAACCUAGCCUCCUGUCUCUCUUUUAAGAUAGUACAACUGUAUUUAUAUUCAAAUGAAGGCUGCAUAUUGGUGUAGAUGGAGGGGGGGGGGGUGGAUUAAUAUAAAGAGAUUCUUGUGAUUUGGUUUCAUUUCAUGAUACUUGUGAUAUUUACUGCACCAACACUAACAAUGUAUUUCCAAAUGUUGAAUUGCUAUUAAUACUAUUAUGAAUGAAUGAUGACAUAAGAGAGGGACAGAUACUAUAUGAAUAGCAAAUGAAACAGAACCUAACUGUUGUCUGUAAAUUAAUCUUUGGGUUUUUAGGGUUGUAAAAUGGUUUUUGUAACCUGUAUAUUUCCAGCACCUUCUCUGCUUUGUGAACUGUUAGUCUCACAGCCACACUCCAUUACAGUUGUAUUCCUUGUCACUCAGGUGAGGAUAUAUUUGCUGAACACUGUUUUAUUGAACUGCCAACAUGAAGGUAAAGUAUGUUCAUAAUAAACCCAUACGAACACUGUU